AGGUCCCCUUAUGCCUUAUUUUGCUCCUUCAUCAUCACCACCACCACUUACGUUGCAGCUUUUGAGUGGAGAGAGUAGUUGAUGUGCAUUGUCUUUGGAGACUGAGCACAACAUCUCCUUAAGAUACCAUCCCCAUGGCGGCAAUUUACUCUGGUAUUCACCUGAAGCUGAAAAGUGCAAAGACACCUUGGGAGGACAAACUUAAAUUGGCCCAGUUUGCAUGGGUUUCUCAUCAAUGUUUUCUUCCUAACAAAGAACAAGUCUUACUAGAUUGGGCGAGUCGCACCCUGGUUUCAUUUUACAACAAAAAACUUGAAUUGUCAGAUGAAAUUACUGAGAAGCUUUGGACGUACCUGGACAACAUCCUUCAUAGCAGAAAACUGCAGGAUCUUUUUAAGGAUGGAAAAACCAUAACACUCCGUUUUUCAAUUGCACAGAUCAUUAAUGAAAGACUUUCUACUUUUUACACUCAAAAAAUGCUGAAGAACCUUAGCAUAGUGCUAAGUUGUUGUAGUGGCAUCCUUUCCUCCCCUCCUCUCGCUAUAGUUUAUACUACAAAAUUUGAGCUACUGGUGGAUCUUCUGAAUAAGUUGUGCCAAAUAGCAUGUUGUCAGCUAAUGUCAGAAGUUACUGUGUCCUCCCAGCUGUUUGAAGUCCUCCAGUUAGCAUUUGGGAAGUAUCUUCUGGUUCAGAGGCAACAGGCCAAUGCAAAUCGUGUAUUUGGUCAAGUGACCAAACACCUGCUUCAACCAUGCUUGCUCCUGAGACAUUUACUCACUACUGGGAUGCAAAUGCGGACAAAUAAUGAUGCCCGUGCACAGCAACACCUGUGUAAAGAGAUCCGAAACCACAUAGAGGCUUUGCUGCGAGGUGCUGUUUUUCCACCAGAGCUCCUGCCGUCCUACACAGAAGAGUUGUUGCCAGAGAAAGAGCCCCAUAAGAUCAAGAAAGAGGGCUUGAAGCAUGUGCUGCUCCCAGUCAACACAAUCCAGUCUGCAUUAGGGGAUCCUAAUUUUUGUGAACCAGCAAUUCAUGGGAAGGUGGUUGCAAAUUCAGUGCCUUUGCUUUUUAAACUCUUUUUAGAGUCUUACAACAAAACUGAAAACCACCUUCUCAGUUUUCAUAUGCUUAUCCAACUUUUUCAGUGCCUGAAGAUUUCCCACCUGCAAGGGGAUUUUUGGAACAGCCCCCUUUCUUCAUCAGAAUGGAUCUCAGAUCUCCUUGCCAUGGAGCAACUUCUAAACUCAGUGCUAAGCAGCAACAUCUAUAAUAUUGCCUCUGACAGGAUUCGGCACAAGGAGGUCCAGUUUCAUUUCUACCAGCAGUUGGCACAGAUGCUGGUAAAUCAUCCACAGGCUGCUAUACCUGCCUGGUUUAGGUGCCUCAAUGCCUUGAUCUCAUUAAAUCAUUUGAUUGUGGAACCCGAUCUGGAUGACUUACUGGCUUCAGCUUGGAUUGAUGCAGAAGUCUCUGAGCCACGUACAAAAAAGGCCCAGGAGUCUCUCAUUGGUGCUCUUUUCCACACUUACGCCAAACUGCGGCAGUUCCAAAAACUCUUUGAACAGGUCCUGUGUGUUCUCUGUCGUCCAGCUGCAGAAGAGUUAAGGCUCCCAGUUCUGCCUGCCAGCAUUAAGACCAAACUCUGUGAGUGCCUGCAGGAUCUGCCUUCUAGUCAGAUCCUGGAUGUUGCAUCUCUCAUAUUGGAGAAGUGUCAGACCGUCAUUAUUCCUGAUGUCAACGGUAAUUCUGAUAUGGCUUUGAAGCUUCAGUCUAUGAGCACACUGCUGCAUUUUGUUCUCUUCCACAUGACGAGCUUAGAUGAUUCCACCCCACUGCGCAUUGUGCAUCGGACUCAGAGUUUGUUGGAGACAAUGCAGACGGAAAUCAUCCAAAUUUUGUUUAAUCUGCUGAAGAAUGUCCAGACAGAAGAAAAAGAACUGGAAAUUUGGGUAGAGAAAGUUAGCGACUCAGUACUUCUCCUUGCAUGUACUUGGGUCUCAACUGAUACACUCUUUGGUUUAAAUUGCAGACAUUAUGUUUCUCCACUAGCCAAAACAACUUUUGCUCUUGCCGAUUCUACUAUAGGCACCUGGGAUUUUUCAUCUAUUCUCCCUGGGUUGGAUGCAAAGUGCUGGGAGAAGAUAACCAGACAUCUAAGGUAUUCCUGCUCCACAAGUAGAUAUUGCACUGAAUGGCUAGUGCUCCAAAAAAUGAAGAAUAUGUUGCUGCACACCAGCUGUUUCACUGAGACAUCAGAUCAGAUUUUGCAGCAUGCUGGAGCUUUCAUCCUCCAGUCUGGAAAGUCUUACUUGAAUGGAGAGGAGACUGAACUCUGGGAUGGCAAUAUAGGCUCCAUAAAUAGUCUCUCUUACCCUACUGCACAUUGGCACCUUGUAGUUUCAAAUCUUCCAGUUCUGUUUCCUUAUCUUUCUCUGAACGACACACUGUAUAUUUCAGGGCUACUUCUGAAGACCUUGUUAGUGAACAAAGUGCAAACGUCACCAUGUGAUGAGAGUUCCUUAAUCACAAUUGAGAAGGUGUCUAAAGACUUGUUAUGCAGUUCUCUUCUUCCAGAAAUGUGUAUGUUGCACUCAUCCUUUCUAAGCCAUAUAAUUCAGCAUUCUGCUAGAAUGCUCUGCUCCACAGUAAACAAUGUUGCCAACCAACCUCUUCAACAGCUAUCUGCAGAAGAUAUUCUGUGGUGGAAUAAUGUUCCUGCCAGUCAGAUUGCUAGCACAGGGCCUAGCAAUGAACCUUCUGUGUGCUGGACAGCAAUGGAAAAAGUUGCUCAGAAUAUACUAUCAUUAGUGAAGGAAAGGUCUUAUAUUACUUUGGAAGACGAGCACAUUGAAAGACUUUUGAAUUUACUUGAGAUAAUUUCAACAUUGCAAUUAGACAGCCUCUUUCCUGUGGACCACACAAGGUGCUUUCUUUUGCUGAUGUCUAUGGCUGUCAAUACCAAAGCCAGUGCAGCUUGCAGUGAAGCCUUCUCUUUGAAGUUCUUGACAACUUGCUUCCACCUCCUAGCAAUCCUGCAGACUGGCAGAAAUGCAAACUCAUCCUUUAAGGUUUUCUAUGCCAGUGAUGUUCUUGAAGCUGUACUGACCUCUAUGUUUGUGGCAUGUGAGACUUUUUCCAGCAUUUUGAUUACUGCUUCGUGGAAUGAAUUUCUUCAUGGGAUCCAAACCUUUUUGGAAUACUAUCUUCAGAUCAUGUUUGAGAGAAGACAGAGUGUGAAACUAAACCUGGAAAAGUUCAUGUCAUUCCUAGCAACUUGCCAGCCCUGUGCAGCCAAUACACAACACUCCAGACACUGGAGUCCUGCAGCUGACCAGCUUCUUCUAGUGGCACUGACUGUACAGUGUCACGUUCUAAGUUUACAGCUCCAGCAGCAGCACGGGAAACACCAAGCUUUGGGAACAUUGCUGAAUUUGCUUGAACAAGCAGUACUGCAGGCAGGGGCCACUAUAGAGCUCUGCCUUCAAAAUAGUCCCAAAGGCCAACCAUUGCCUUUUGCAUUCAUAUCAUGCAUUACAACCCUUCUGAAAGCAGAUUCUUCUUAUGUUCAUUUGGCAGACCUUGUGAGUGGGGCGAGUGAGCCUGAAAGUCCAGCAAAGCAAGGCAGGACCCAGCAGCUUUCUCACAAUGAACUGUACAAACAAUUUUAUUUUCAAAUAUUAAAGGAGCUUGACUUGGCAAGUGUCAAUGUCCAAUUUCUUCAAUCUGCGCUGCAGUUUUUAACUGUUUUCUGCUCCAUACCAGAGAUGUAUUCUGCACAAGUUACUUCUGUUGCUGUAUUUCACUCUGUCAGAAAGAUGCUAAUGGGUUCUGGAGUUCAGUUUAUUCAAGAUCUAGAAGUUCAGCUGACAGAACUGAUGACUCAGCUGAUGGAGAAGUGUACCACCGACAACUUUUGCAUCAUAUUGAGGCUCUUGCUUGAGGGUGUAGAUGUUGGGAACAUUUGGAAAGAAAAUGCUGAAGCAGUGUUGUCAGCUAUUCUUCUUAUCAAAGUGCUGCUCAGCUGCCCUUUAAGUGGGGAGAAAGAGAGAGCUUUCUGGCUUUCCAGUCCCCAGAUAAUCACUGCUUUAGUUUUGCAAGCCAAAGAGGCUGCUCAGGAUGCAACACUGCUUUCCACCCUCAUAGUGCCUAUAUUGGAGACAGUAGCAGUCCUCCUGAGGCAAGGAGAAAGGGUGCUCUCCAACCCUCAUCAUGUUACCCUAGUUUUCAACAUCCUUCUCAUUGUUCCUCUUGACCAAAGGAACUAUGGUAGCAUCUUCCUGGGAAUUCACGAAGUACUGUUUUCCAUACUGCAGUGCCACCCCAAGGUGAUGCUGAAAGCAGCUCCAUCAUUCUUGGACAGUUUUCAUAGACUGGUUGUUUCAGUUAUGCAUGAGGGGAGGCAGAAAGGAGACAGAGGGAUUACAGAUGAAUUUGAGGUUAUACUAAAGUGUGCCCAGCUGGUGGAGAGGAUGUAUACUUAUAUUGCUGCAAAAACAGAAGAAUUCACUGUGUUGUCUCCCUUCAUUGUUGGCCAGUACGUCAUAGAACUGCAGAAGGUGACUCUGCAUCCAGCUGUAAAGAAACAUCUCACUGAGGGAAUUUACCACAUCCUUGAUCUUUGCCUUGAACGUGACAUCAAGUUUUUAAAUGCAUCUCUACCUGUGGGAGUUAGAGAAGUUUUCAAGGAGUUGUAUCGUGAUUACAACCAUUAUCACAAAAUUCUAAAGCAAGGGGAUGAAAAGUACACGGCAUGAAUAUCCCUGUUGCUUUGGGGCAUCAUGGUGGAUUCUCUGUCAGAGUGAUAAACACUUGCAGUUUAUAAGGCUGUUGUACUUGGGUAUUUGAAUUGGUUCUGAAUCCAGAGACAAGUCCAUGGGGAACUUGGUGUUUGCAUGGAUAACUGUGACGAUCCUGUGCUCUCCUCAGGAUUGCAAGCAGAGUCCUGAUUUGUUUUUGAAAGGGAAAUGUUGGUAAAAUGUUUGCAUACUUGAAGAGCAGGAACAGGUUCUGCAGAGACAAAGCCCACUUGAUAUUAUUAGGCUGGAUUUGGCUGCAUCCUGCUCGUGGUGACAGCCUUUGGGAGUCAUGGAAAUCCUCCUUUAUGCAUGCAGAGUAAGAGUGAGUCAGGAUCUUCAUAACAGCCCUUCUACUGUGGCAGACAGUAUUCAUUAAUAUUAUACAGUAGAAGAAAAAGGUAUUGUCCAAGAUGCUGCAUUAUGAAGACAUAGCAAAAAUUCUGCAGGCAGAAUAUCUAUCUCUGAAUCCACCUGGCCACUCCAGCCCCGAUUGCUCCUCGUUUGGUGCAGGGCUGCAGCAACUGAAUGGGCUACCGGUAAGUAGCGCUUUUUUUGCACUCCUUUGGCCAGUGGCCAUGUGCCAUCUUAGGCAGCCACGGUAGGAUUUUGACCUAAUCUGGAUGUGUGCCAUCUGUAUGUCACGUCCCCAGAUUGGCCCGAAACCGACGCUUUUGGCCAAGUGUUUCAGGCCUAAAAGUCUGUCAGACAUUUUUGUUUUUAUAUUUAUACUGGGGGG